AUUUUUCUUAGAGCACUCCUCAGAGAGACCCAUGUAGCUGCUGAUGACAGUUACAAGAGCCUUUACCCUACGAAAAGAAAAUCUGGAAAUGUUUGAAGCAGUUGGUUUUUUAGCUAUCAAACUUGGAGUGAUUCCGUCGGAUUUUAGUUAUGCAGGACUUAAAGACAAGAAAGCCAUCACUUAUCAAGCAAUGGUUGUUAGAAAAGUGACACCAGAGAGGUUGAAAAAUAUUGAAAAAGAAAUUGAAAAGAAAAGAAUGAAUGUGUUUAAUAUUCGGUCUGUAGAUGAUUCCCUUAGACUCGGUCAGCUCAAAGGAAAUCACUUUGAUAUUGUCAUCAGAAAUUUAAAAAAUCAAAUAAAUGAUUCUGCAAACCUGAGAGAGAGAAUUUUGGAGGCAGUAGAAAAUGUUAAGAAUAAAGGGUUUGUGAAUUACUAUGGACCACAGAGAUUUGGGAUGGGAAGGAAAGUUCACACAGACCAAAUUGGAUUGGCUUUGCUGAAGAGUGAAAUGGUGAAGGCUGUACAGUUAUUUCUUACACCAGAAGAAUUGGAUGAUCCUGUAAAUAGAGCAAAGAAAUAUUUUCUUCAAACUGAGGAUGCUAAAGGCACACUUUCACUGAUGCCUGAAUUCAAAGUUCGGGAGAGAGCAUUGUUGGAGUCCUUGCAUCGCUUUGGCGUGACAGAGGAGGGCUGUAUCCAGGCGUGGUUCUCUUUCCCCCAUUCCAUGCGCAUAUUCUAUGUUCAUGCAUAUAGCAGCAAAAUCUGGAAUGAGGCAGUAUCUUACAGACUUGCAACCUAUGGAUCAAGAGUGGUGGAGGGUGAUUUGGUCUGUUUGGAUGAAGAUAUUGAUGAUGAGCAUUUACCAAGUAGUAAAGUUCAUCUAGUAACUGAAGAAGAGGAAUCAGCUAAUACAUAUGCAAUACAUCAGGUGGUUCUUCCAGUGCUUGGAUACAAUAUUCAGUACCCAAAGAACAAACUAGGGAAGUGGUACCAGGAAGUACUCAGCAGAGAUGGACUACAGACAUGUAGAUUUAAAAUACCUACUCUGAAACUGAAUGUUCCAGGAUGCUAUAGAAAGAUUUUGAAACAUCCCUGUAAUCUCUCAUACCAACUAAUAGAAGAACAUGAUAUUGAUGUCACGAAGGAAGGUUCCCACAUCGAUGAAGCAACUUUAUCUCUUUUGAUCUCUUUUGAUCUUGACGCUUCGUGUUAUGCUACCGUUUGUCUGAGGGAAAUAAUGAAGCAUGACUUUUAAAAUUGAUCCCCUUAAUAUAAUCGUGUAUGUGCCACUUUUUAAAGGAAAGGGAGCUAAAGUUUCUUGGGCAUCUACCAUGUGCUAGGAGCAUUAUAACUGUUAUCUCCUUUAAUUACACAACAUCCUGAUGAAGUAGGAAUUUGAUACUUACAUUCCAGAGGACAGAUAGCUAGUAAGUGGCAGCAUCUGAGUUGAAGACUCCAAAGCCUUUGUUCUUUCUAUUAUCUAAUAUCUCGGUGACCUUUAGUCUGUGCUAUAAAAGUUAGUCUUUCUGGACUGUUAGGAGCAUAUAAUACUGCAGGAUGACAUUAAAGAAGAUAACAUUAAAGAAAAACAUUUUUGUAGUAAUGUUUAUAUCCUCAAGCUCCUUGCUUAGAAUGUAGAUGAAACUAGGUUGUAAUGAAAACAGGGUUGGAAAGAUAGAUGAAGCAUUUUGUUAAUUAUUGCCAUUCUCUCCUAUUUUUGAAAUUAUUGAUCAGAACAGUACAUUAGGAAAAUAUAAUCCCUCUAUUUAUGAUAGCUACCCCAGGGUAGUUUACCCCUUUAUGAGGUAAAUAAUCUUUGAUGAAGAUUGAAAUAAAAUGUUUCCUACAGUUUCUUUAUCUUGACAUAUAUUGACCCUCCACUUUUUUGUUAUUUUUGUUCUAUCAUCUAAAACAUAAAUUUUUAGAGUCAGGCUGAUCUGUGCUCAGACUCCAGCUCUGACACUUACUAGUGACUGAGUGUUAUUGAUUCUUUUUGGGCUCAUUUAAGGAAUCAAGAUAGCACCAGUCUCAUAAGCAGCAAACAGUAGAAUUAUCUCCACCUUUUUACGUUGCUAGAGGAAGAAAAACAUAUUACCCAUUUUGAAAAUUCUGUAUUUGUUGGUUUAACUAUCCCACAUCCCAAACUAUCCUUAUCUACUUUACAUCAGGUACAUUUGGGGGGAAAUGGGAUAUACUGAUUGGGAAAAUCUGAGCAUUCUUUUAUUGCUGGUAGUACUACAUAAUGACUUAAAAAGCUGUCAAGAGUAUUAUAUAUUAGUAAUGUGGCACUUUUAUAUACUUAAGCCAGUCAAACCAUUUUGGGUAUAUUAGCAUAAGGAAAUAAAAUUCCAAAGAAGGAAAAAAACUGUAUGCAAUGCAAAAUUUGCUUAGUGCAGCAUUCCUAUAUAUAUAGAAAGAAAUUAGAAACAGUUUGGAAGUCCAGCAUUAGCUAACUAAAAGGAAAAUGAGAUGUAACAACUUGAUGACAAAACAUUUAGUUAUUAAAGUUGAUGAUGAAGGUUUUAGGUAUGUGAGAAAAUGUUGCCCCACAAAACCCUGUAUAUAUAUAUGUAUAACCGUAUAUAUAAAACACAAAUGCAGUAUAUACACUGCGUGCAGCUUUUACACAGGAGAGGCACUUUAGCAUAGUGAUUAAAAGCUUAGAUACUGGGGACAGACUCCCCUAGUUUGAAGCUUGCCUCUGCCACUUAGAGCAGUGUGGCCUUGGACAAGUUGUUUAAGCUUUGUGUGUUUCAGUUUCAACAUCUAUAAAACAGGGAUGGUAAUAAACCUACCUCUUAGGAUUAUUGUGAUGAUUUGCCGAGUUAAUAUAUGUAAAGCAGCUUAGAAACGUGCCUAGCAUUUAGUGAUUGUUAAAUCAAUGUCCACAGAUGCAAGUUAGGAAGGGAACAGAAAAAAAUGAAAAUGCCAUUCUGUUAAGAUCAUAGAAUGUUUGGAAUUUUUUUAAUACUAGAAAGUUCCUCUUUUGUCUUUAUAUAUUUUAAUAAUAAACAAAUUCAGGACACAAAACUUUCAGA